AAGGCCAGCGCUGAUUGGCUGCGGCUUUCCCUUUCUCCAAUCAGAAACGCGUUUGUUGCAAGGCCGGUUGUGAAGCUUCUGUGAGUGGAGAUGGCCACUGCAGCGGGGCUGGUCCCAGUCUGGCUGUAGUCUCCCCUCCUCAGCCUGCGCUUAUGGCGCUUAGUUUCAGGCGAGGCCGGAAGGGCCCCUUUAAACAUAUAGCUCAUGGCCUGGUCCCUGCUGCUACCAUAGCUCCUAAACCUGCAGUUCCCCGCACCCCUCCCCCUCGUAGUCCAAACCCUUCUCCAGAAAGGCCCAGAUCUGCCCUAGCAGCAGCUAUUCUAGUGACAACUUUAACUGGGCGUACCGUUGCUAUUCCCCAGCCUCGUCAACGAUCACUUUCUGAAAGUGAUACCAGCUGUUUGGAACAAGAAUGUUUUAUUGAGCCCUAUGCCACAGUCACUGAGCUCAAACUGGGGCCCAAUUGGAAGCAUGAUGACAGUGAAAGAUCUCCUGUGCAGUCACUGGAAGGGUCAGGCAAUCUUUGUGAAGAUGAGAACAUGGACACAUAUCUUUCAGAGACAGAAAAAGAGCCAGAGCACAACUAUCAGGGUACAGAGAAAAGAGAGGAAAGCUUCAGCAAUGAUGCUGUUUAUGCUGUUCCCUAUAAAAAUAAAAAGGUAAAGCUUCCAGUAUCUUCUAGUGUUGAUCUUGAUGAGAAUGAAAUUUCAUCCCAUGAAGCUGCAUUUCCGAUUUUAGUAGACCAGUCAAAUAUACAAGUGGAAGAAGAUGAACCUCCUAUUCUGAAUUUAAAGGAGCAAAAACUGGCAGUUGAAAAUCCACUAAGCGAAAAGCCUCCACGAUCCCCAGAUGUAUCUGUUCGGACAAGACAAGGACAGUUGGAGACAACUAAAGAGAAGUUCCAAGAACUAAAACAAGAAAAUUGGUCUCUAAUCAAUGCAAAUCAGACUAUGGCCCUACAACUUGAGGAACUAAAACAACAAAUAAAGGAACUACAGUUAAAACUUAAGACACUGGAAAAAGAAAAUAAAAAAUGUAGAAAAGCUGCAGAGAGUUCACAUAAGGAAGAGGAAGUUGCAGAAUUGCUUUCAUUGAGACAACAAGCUCAGGAACUGGUAGAUGAAAAUGAUGGUUUGAAAAUGACUGUCCAUCGUUUGAAUGUGGAAUUGAGUCGCUAUCAAACCAAAUUCAGGCCGUUGUCCCAAGAUGAGAAUAUAAAAAUUGGAGGUCUGCCAGCAAAAGGGCCACCCCCUCCCUGGCUGCUAGAUAUGAAAUACUUGUCACCUCUCCUAUUGUCAUAUGAAGACAGAAUGCGAGAAAAGGAGGAUUUAAAUCUUGCACAUGAGGAGGAUAUGAAGAAGUUUAGGAUACGAGUUGAAGAAUUGGUGAAGGAAAAUGAACAACUGCACCAGCAAUUAAAUAAAAAUAGUUCUAUUACCCUGAAGGAAUGGCAGCAGCUGCAAACUCAGGCAAAGCUGGUUUUGGAAGAAAAUGGAGUGUUGAUGAAGCAACUUGAAAUUCAGCAGGCUAAAGCAAAGGAGAGUUACAACCAACAUCUUCAGGAAGUUUCAAAAUUGACCAAACAGCUAAUGGUUUUGGAAGCUAAGAAACAGAGCCAGGAAGAGGAGAUAUCAGAGAAUCAGAAGCAGCUGAAGUCUUUAUGCUCCACAUGUGAAGAACUGAAAGCAAAUCUGAAUGGCAGAGUAACAGCAGAGGAGCAUGUUGCUUUGGUAAAUGCAUUAAGAAGUCAGUUACAACAGGAACAGGAAAAGCAAAGUGCUGAGAUGGAAGAUCUAAUGGAAAGGCUAGCAUCAUUGCAAGCACAGAAAAAGAGCCUGCUCUUAGAGAAGAAUGACCUAGUUGCUGAAAACAAGAUCCUGGAAGCUGAGCUGAAAAUGGCACAAAAGACAAAUAGGAAAUCACAGAAGAAAAUAUGUCUUCUGAAACAGCAGUUGGAUGAAGCAAUGGAAAAGGAAGUGGCAGCUCAUCAGUACUUAGCAAAUCUUAUUAGCUUGGCAGAGAAUAUAACUCAGGAACGUGACCAUCUUAUACAUUUGGCCAAAUGCUUGGAAAGUGAGAAGCAUGGAGUUCUAAACAAAAUAAUAGAAGGGAAUGUACGCUUAGGAAGAUUAGAAGAGAAGGUUCGGGUAUACAAAAAGAAAGCUGCUGGGAAGCUUGGAGACAUCAAUCUCAAAAUGACGGAGCAAGAGAAGGAAUUUGCUGGGAAGGCUUCUCAGUACCAGCGUGAAAUGAAGCACCUCCAGCGACUGCUGCAAGACAAGCAAGAAACCCUUGAUGAAGUGCUGCAGCAGAAAAGAGAAGUGGAAGGUGAACUUGAAAUAGUUUGGGAAUCUACCUCCAAAGAGAACCGGAGAAUGAAAGAAUUCUUGCAUAAAUCUCUGAACAACAACAACAUGUGGAGCACUGUCCGAGUUUAUGAAUCAUAUUUAGAUGAAAUCUCUCAGAAGGACUUUAUUUCUGGAUAUGAUUUUAGCUACUGUGAUGUGAAACCAUCAUCACCCACAAAAAAUCAAAGUAAACAGGAACCUCCGUGUUAAGGACAAAGGUGCCUCUACAUCUUGCACAAGAAAGGAUGAUCCCAAAGAAACAACACACGAAUGGCUCUACAUCUGAAUUAGACUCUCCUCAACCACAAAAUAUGUUACAACAAAAAAGCAUUUAUGAUCUUUGAUACUGAUACAUACAUUAACUGGAAUUGAUAACAGCAUAUUCUCGCUCUCGUAGUUAUAUUUUUAAUAUAGAUUUUAAUAUUAUUGAUGUCAUUUGAUAAAAGGCCACUGCUAAUCCAGUAGAAAUGUAGUAUAGCACUAGUCACGACUCUAAAGCCGGCAGUACUGAUCAAAUUAAAGGGAUAUAUAAUUGCAGAGCUUGGCAUUCUAAUUGCCAGACUCACCAAGCACAUAAAUCCUAGGGUUACUAUUUCCUAUUCACUUGUUUUGUAGUAGAGACUCUCCUAUAUGGUAAAUAAUGCUUAUGAUUUUAUAUGGUUUAAUUGAAAUGCUAGCAGUUUUCAUCUAUAAACAAUCCCAUACAGUAGUUUAAGUAUCCAAAAUGUGGAGAUUUAAUCAAACAAAAUACAUAGAAAACA